GGCGCAGCAUGGCGGAGCCCGAGCCGGCCGGCCUCGGUGACGCCGUGCUGCUGGCGCCGCUCACCGAGGACUCCUUCGUGCACAACCUGCACGUGCGCUACAAACGCGACAUAAUUUACACGUACGUGGGCAACGCGCUGGUGUCGGUGAACCCGUGCCGCGCGCUGCCGCUCUACUCCGCCGACCUGGUGCGCACCUACCUCACGCGCCCGCCCUACUUGCUGCCGCCGCACCUAUACGCGAUAACGGUGACGGCGUACAGAUGGGUGCGGGACAGAAAUGAAAAUCAGUGUAUUGUUAUAACAGGCGAGAGCGGCGCGGGCAAGACGGAGGCUGCGCGCGUGUGCCUGCAGUGCGCGGUGGUGGCGGGCGGCGCUGGCGCAGGCGGGGCGGGCGCCGCGCUGGCCGCCGCCGGCACGUUGCUGGAGGCCUUCGGCAACGCCGCCACCUCCCGCAAUCAUAACGCCAGCAGAUUCGGAAAACUGCUGGACAUAGAGCUGGACUUCAAGGGGGAGCCGGUGGGGGGGCACAUAACACACUACCUGCUGGAGAAGGAGCGCGCCUGCGGGCCGCUGGAGGGCGAGCGCAACUUCCACGUGCUGUACCAGCUGCUGGCCGGCGCCGACGCGCAGCUGCUCAAGCGACUGCGCCUGCAGCGGUCGUGGGAGCAGUACCGCGUGCUGCGGGGCGGCGCGGGGCCGGGGCAGGGGGCGGGGGCCGCGUCGCCGCGCCGCGCGCCGCCCACGCCGCCGCCCGCCGCCGCGCCCGCCGCGCCCGCCGCGCCCGCCGCCGCCGACCGCGACCACUUCGCCUUCACUAAGGCGGCGAUGGGCACGCUGGGGCUGGGCGCGGCGCAGUGCGGCGGCGUGCUGCGCGUGCUGGCCUUCCUGCUCAAACUGGGCAACGUGCAGUUCGAGCCGCAGCACAACAUCGACGGCUCCAUCGGCACGCGCAUGCAGCGCGAGUACGAGCUGCGCGAGGCGUGCGCGCUGGUGGGCGUGGAGGCGGAGGCGCUGGCGAGCGCGCUGGGCGCCGCACCCGGUACGUAGCUCCCUGCUCUACGUCACGAGGCGGGCGCGGCGGGCGAGGGGGGCGGUGCCGGGGGCGCGGGGGGCGCGGCGGGCGCGACGGGCGACGAGCAGACGGACGCGGCGGCGGAGGGCGGCGCGGGGUGGGCGUGCGCGCUGCGGGACCGCGUGCUGUGCGCGGUGUACGCGCGCCUCUUCACGUGGCUCGUGACGGCCGUCAACGAGGCCAUAAAGCCGAGCGCGGCGGGCGCGCGCAGUUCGCUGAGCAUCCUGGACGUGUACGGGCUGGAGACGCUGGCGCACAACGGGCUGGAGCGGCUGCUCAUCAACUACGCGGCGGAGCGCGUGCAGGCGGCGGUGGGCGCGGCCGCUCUGCGACGCGAGCAGGAGGAGUACGUGCGCGAGGGUCUGCCGUGGACGCCGCUGCCGUGCGCCGAGCUGGAGUCGAGCGCGGAGCUGCUGGACGCGGGCCCGGAGAGCGUGCUGGGCGUGCUGCGCGAGUGCAGCGCGCGCGGGCUGAGCGACGGCUGCUUCCUGCAGCGGCUGCAGCGCCGCCGACACCCGCGCCUGCUGGUGCUGCCGCCCGACAGCUUCCAAGUGGUGCACUUCGGCGGGCCCGUGGUGUACAGCGCGCGCGGCAUCGUCCACAAGAACCGCGACACGCUCUGCCGGCGCAGCGCGGCCGUGCUGGCGGCGGCGCGCGAGCCGCUGCUGGCCGCGCUGUUCGCUGGCGGCGCUGCGGGCGCGGCCGGCGCGGCCCUCGCGGGCUCCCCGCGCCGGCCGUGCGCCAUGGCGUGCCGGCAGCGCGCGCUCGUGGCGGCGCUGGUGCGGCGGCUGCCGGCCUCGCCGCGCCUCGUGCGCUGUCUGCGCGCCGACGCCGCACUCCGGCCGCACCGCUUCGACGCUGCACUACUGAGACAUCAAAUCCGCACGCAAGGUAUAAUGGAGAUGGCGGCGCUGCGGCGCGCGGGCUGGUGCGAGUCUCAGUGUGCGCGCGCGCUGGUGUCGCGGUACGCGCCGCUGGCCGCCGACCCCGCCGCACCGCGCCGCGCCGCCGACCCCGUGCGGGCCGCGCGCCAUCUGCUGCGCGCCCUGCCCAUACCCAGCGCCGAGUUCGCGUACGGCCGCACGCGCGUCUUCAUCCGCAGCCCCCGCACGGUGUGGGAGCUGGAGGCGCUGCGGGCGGCGCGCGUGGCGCAGCUGGUGACGGCGGCGCAGCGGGCCUGGCGCCGGCACGCCGCACGCCGCCGCGCUCGCGCCCAGCGCGUCAUAGCACGCGCCUGGCGCACCUACAAGCAGAGGAAACGAGCACGCGCACAAUAUGUACACUCCCCGGCGGCGGCGCGGCUGGUGUGGCGCGCCUGGUGCGCGGCGGCGCGCAGACGCUACCUGUGCCGGCUGUGGGCGCAGCUGCCGGCGCGACACCGCAGCCCGGCGUGCGGCGCGUGGCCGCCGUGUCCGCAGCCGCGCCUGCUGGGCCGCGCGGACGGUCUGCUGCGCCGACUGCAUCACCGCUGGCGCUGCCGGCUGUACCGGCAGGCCUUCGACCAGACGGCGCGCAACCGCAUGCGCGAGAAGGUGACGGCGAGCGUGCUGUUCAAGGAGCGCAAGGCGACGUACGCGCGCAGCGUGGCGCACCCGUUCGUGGGCGACUACGUGCGACUGCGCGCGUCCGCGGCGUGGCGACGGGGCGCGGGGGCGGCGGGCGCGGACCGCUACGUGGUGUUCGCGGACGUGGUGGGGAAGGUGGCGCGGUCGAGCGGGCGCGUGGCGCGCUGCCUGGCCGUGCUGUCGACGGGCGCGCUGCUGCUGCUGGAGGCGCGCUCGCUGCGGCUGAAGCGGCGCGUGCCGGCGCACUGCGUGUACCGGCUCUCGCUGUCGCCGCACGCGGACGACCUGCUCGUGGUGCACGUGCGCGCGUGUGGGAGCGGGGCGGGGGGCGCGGGCGCGGCGGUGACGGGCGGGGCUCUCGACAGUUCCACGGAGGAGCUCUCUCAGUGUUCGUCGCGCGACGCUCUCGAGGCUCCCGGUUGCCUCUUUGGGGGCGAGGGCGCGUGGCGGCGGCGCGGCGACGUGGUGCUGCGCACGUGCCACGUGCUGGAGCUGGCCACCAAGCUGUUCCUGGUGGUGCAGAACGCGGUGGGCGCGCCGCCGCACGUCAACAUCGCCACAGAGUUUGAGGCGAAUUUUGGCCAACAAAUAGUAACGAUCUCGUUCCACGCGCUGGGCGGGGCCGGGGCCGGGGCGGGGGCCGGGUCCGGGGCCGGGGCCGGGGCCGGGGGCGAGGCGGGCGGCGUGCGGCUGCUGCGACGCGGCAGUCGCUUGGACGUGCUGCUGUGA